CCCCGCUUCCCAUCCCCCUCCCCCCCAAAAUCAAUUGGGUUCGAUGCUGCUCGACUCAUACUGCUUCCUUUGUUCAUUUCACCCCGUAUCUCUUUAUUUGUGUGCAUGUUGAUUUGGCGACUUUCCUCAAGCUGAUAUUGCAGUAUGUGUCUGGUGUUUUCGCUGAAGAGCUAAUGGAAUGUUUACCACUACUACCACUACCACCGCCUCGAUGCCCUCCAAUGGUGCGGCCGAUAUUGACCCCUUAGAUGCAGUGGAUUACGAUCCCAUCGACCACCUCAACUCAAUCUUCUCCCAUCCGUCCACAUUGUCCGCCGUGUCCCAAGUAUCCCAGUCCCUCUGCACAUACGAAGAUGAGCUCGACGACGAGAUCAGUGCUCUGGUCGAGGACCAGGUCACCUCGAAUGCGGAAAGCGUUGAGCGCAUUCAGGCCGCCAAAGCUGAUCUCACCGAAUUGUUCAAGAAGAUCGACGAUGUGCGCGACCGCGCUUCUAAGACCGAGCUCGCAAUAACGGAGAUGACGGCCGAUAUCAAGCAACUUGAUAACGCGAAGAAGAACCUCACGCUAUCCAUGACUGCACUCAAACGGCUGCAAAUGCUGACGACGGCCUACGAUCAACUUCGUGCCCUCGGUCGGACUAGGCAAUAUCGGGACUGUGCUCAGCUGCUGCAGGCAGUCAUCCAGCUCAUGGCGCACUUCAAGUCGUAUCGAUCGAUUGAUCAGAUCGCGCUUCUCAGCAAGAACGUGGCAGAUAUUCAACGGGAACUCUUAGAACAGGUUUGCGAGGACUUUGAGCUCGCCUUCGCGAAGGGGGAAGUAGGGCUGCGGAGGUCGACGCUCUCGGAGGGAUGCUUGGUUAUGGAUGCGCUGGGUGAGCAUGCGAAAUCUAGGCUAGUGACCUGGUACUGCAACUUUCAACUCCGCGAGUAUCGUCAGGUGUUCAGAAACAACGAGGAGGCGGGGUCUCUGGACAACAUAUCCCGGCGAUACGCGUGGUUCAGGCGUAUUUUGAAGAUCUAUGAUGAGGAAUACGCGCCCAUUUUCCCCGCUUCAUGGAAGGUUAAUGAGACUCUCACCAACAUCUUCUGUGAAGGUACAAGAGACGACUUCAAGGGCAUUCUCUCCCGCUCGGUGCGCAACGGGCAAUCGAUCGACGUCAACCUGCUCCUGUCAUGCUUGCAAGAGACCUUGGAUUUCGAACAUUCGCUUGAAAGACGCUUUGUCAGCCCCGCUCGUCCUUCAACCGACACUUUCGCAUCGAGUGAGGCGCCCGUGUUUGGUCAGGCCAUAUCGGAGGCUUUUGAGCCCUAUCUUAGCGUUUGGGUGGAGGCCCAGGAUAAACAACUGGCUGCACUUAUACCUAAGUAUCGGCAACAGCCCGUGAAGCCGCCGGACGAAGAGUUCGACUCACAUAUAGUUAUAUCCUCUUCGACGGAUUUGUUCAACUUCUACCGGCAUGCUCUGCAGCAAUGUGCGAAGUUGUCGACCGGCACAAGCCUUGCAGACCUCGCGAAGGUCUUUGCAAAGUACCUGGACCAGUAUGCACAGCAGGUACUUCUAUAUUACAUCAGUGAACGUCCUAGUGGCCACACGCCAUCGAAAGUACCCAAUCUUGAAGACCUUAUUCUGGUUCUCAACACCGCAGAUUACUGCUACACGACAUGCAACCAGCUGGAGGAGAAGAUCAAGGGGAGGUUGGAUAAGUCUCUCAAACAAGCAGUAGACUUGCAGAGCCAAGCAGAUACUUUCAUGGGCAUUGCGUCUGCGACUGUCAGGGGGCUUGUACGAAGAGUUGAAAUCGAAUUGGAGCCUUGUUGGCGCGAAAUGCGCAAUAUACCCUGGAGUCGGCUGGAAAAUGUCAGCGAUCAGAGCUCCUACGUUGGCGAACUCUUGUCCAAAACUCAAGCCAAGUGCACGGAAACUUUGCAACUACUACAUAAACAGCAAUAUGCCCGGGCUUUCGCAGAUCACACUAUAGAGCUGGUCUCUAAUCUUUUCAUUACCAACAUUUACCAGUCCAAGCCCAUUGCAGAAACUGGAGCAGAGCAAAUGCUCCUUGAUGCCUACGCCCUCAAAGCCGGUUUCUCGUCACUCAUGCCGAAUCCCGCCCCUGCAGGCUUCGUCAAACGCGUCAAUGGCAGUUUUGCAAAGAUCGAGGCCCUCCUCAAGACCCUUCAAGUGCACCCCUCGCCCCCCGAGGCCCUUGUGCAAGCUUACCUCGUCCACAUCGCCGACCAGAACAACACCAACUUCCGCAAGAUCCUUGACAUGAAGGGCAUCCGCAGCCGCCAGGAGCAGAACCAUCUCCUGGAGCUCUUCCAGAUCCACCGUGCAUCCGAUCGCUACGCAUCCAACCUUCAGCAGAGCAACCCCAUGCUUACCGCCUUGCAAUCCACCGCGGCACCGACGUCGUCUUCCUCCGUCUCCCAAGGUCUCGGUCUCGGCUCGGCCGCAGCGUCCAUCGGCGCCACAAACCUUCCCACUCGCUUCGACGCGUCCAUGCUCGGCUCCGCCCUCAUCUCUGCCGCGAAAGAUGGCGUCGACCGCUUCGGAACACCCAUGAGCAGCUCCUCGGGUCCCAUAAUACCCGGAGGAGCGGGUGGUGCGACAUCCGGAGCGGGUGGCGGCGGCAGCGGCACUCUCGCCUCGGCUUCAUCCACGCCCAACCUUGCAGGCUCGGCCCAGAGCAAUAAUCCGGGCGCGGAGAGCAGCGCCGCAGCUAACCUGAACGAGAACCUCAAGAAUAUUGGAAAAUUCUUCCGACGCGACCUAGGUGGUUUUGGAGGUAGGUUUGGCAGGGGCGGGGAUGAUGGGUGAUUUAUUGCUCUUGGGGGCGUGUUUUAUAAUCUGC